CUUCCAUUGUUAAAAAAAAAAGAGAAAAAUAUGUCUAGCAUGCAGCAAAGUUUCAAUGAUGACCAAACCAAAAGCCUGACUCAGGCAAGAACAGAAGAAUGGAUGGAAGCCACCCAAUCCACAGGCAAUGAACCAAGAGACAUUUUGCCUACUGAUUCAGCUCAAGCUCAACUUUCUGCCCACCAUGACAAGCAAGAACCUGCUACUUUUCUCCAACAGACUGGAGAGAAGAUGGUUCAUAUGGCUCAAGAUGCUGUGGACACAGUGAAGGAAACACUUGGAAUGGGUGACAAGAAAUGAAGAACACCAAAGUUUUUUUUUUUUUAAAUAAAGAAUUCAAAUUAUUAAUUUGAUUGAUGAAGUUUAUUAUUAUUAGGUAAUAUUUUGUUUGGAAUUUGGAUACAAAUCCUCUUGCUUUUUUAAUGUAAUAAAGCAUAGCAAGAUAAUACAAGGCUUCAUUUUUC